AUGUCAAAAUUCACCACAUUCAAUUUUCCAGUUUCACCAUAUGGAAAUCUUGAUUUCUUUCAAAUCGAAGAGUCUUUGGGUAAGUUUGUAACUGUGAAAUUAGAAAACGAUGAAGUCUUCGAAGGAUAUUUGUAUAAUAUUGAUCCAGUAACUUUUAGUGUAUUUUUAUUAAAGAUUAAUAAAGAAGAUUUGCUAGAAAGUUCAAUUCCUUCUAAACACAAAGUUUUGGUCGUAAUGCAUCACGCCAUAUCAGAUUUUCAAGUGAACGAAAAAGAAAACAGAUUAUCAAAGGAAAUCUUGGAUUCGAUCGUAACAACUCGAACAGAUCAUUACGAUGUCAAUUCAGAAUUGAUACAGAAAAGAAAAGAAGCCUUGAUUAAUUUAUUUGAAUCGCAACGAUUACAGAUAACAUACGAUAAAGAUGAUCCAAUAAUUCAUGUAAUGAAUAGAGCAAACGUUUUGCCACCAUACGUAACAUCGUCUAUCGAAUGUGAUAAUGAGAUUAUUCUAGAAAGGAUAAAAAUCAUGAUGAAAAAUUUACCUUCAAUAAAUUUUUAA